UGACUUCUGCAAAUGUUGUGGCCUAUUUAUGGUCUCUGAGAAACAUCUACCUUACACCCAUAAUGCCUAAGAUUUCCUGAGCUUUCUUAAUAAGAGAAACUCUGUUACUGAUACUACUUGUCACUUUCAAAUUCAAAUCAUCAUUAAAUUCAUAGUCAAUUAACUGGGUUUACAGAGAUCAGACAUUCUUAUUAUUAAUAUUAUUUAUGAUUAUUCUAACCCUAAGAAACUGUGAACAUUGAAUACUGUUUCUCACUUUUAACACAGGCCUAUCCCACUUGCAGGAUACAUGCCAACUCCAAAGAAGAGUCAGUCAUGUGGAUUUCAGAAGAUGAAAGCUUAAGAUGAAGACUGAGAGUGUUUGAGGCUGGAGGUGGGAGUGGUAUUAUAUAGGACUUAGCCAAAACAUGUGAUAGUCACUGUAGGGGUAGCUGGAAGAGAAGUGUGUGGCUCAAUUACGCAGCUCAAACAGACCUUGUGAGGACUAGAGGAAGAAUGCUCCCUGCUGUGUUGUACUGCCUGCUGUGGAGUUUCCAGACCUCCCAUGGCCAUUUCCCUCGAGGCUGUGUGUCCUCCAAGAACCUGAUGGAGAAGGAAUGCUGCCCACCAUGGAGGGGCGACGGGAGUCCCUGUGGCCAGCUCUCAGGCAGGGGUUCCUGUCAGGACAUUGCUCUGUCCAAUGCACCACUUGGGCCCCAAUUCCCCUUCACAGGGGUGGAUGACCGGGAGUCUUGGCCCUCUGUCUUUUAUAACAGGACCUGCCAGUGCUCUGGUAACUUCAUGGGAUUCAACUGUGGAAACUGCAAGUUUGGCUUUUGGGGACCAAAUUGCACAGAGAGGCGACUUUUGGUGAGAAGAAACAUCUUCGAUUUGAGUGUUCCAGAGAAGAAUAAAUUUCUUGCCUACCUCAAUUUAGCAAAGCGUACUACCAGCCCAGACUACGUCAUCCCCACAGGCACCUAUGGCCAAAUGAAUAAUGGGUCAACACCCAUGUUUAGUGACAUCAGCAUUUACGACCACUUUGUCUGGGUGCACUAUUAUGUGUCGAGGGACACACUGCUUGGGGGGUCUGAAAUCUGGAGAGACAUUGACUUUGCUCAUGAAGCCCCAGGUUUCCUGCCCUGGCACAGACUCUUCUUGUUGCUGUGGGAACGAGACAUCCAGGAGCUGACAGGAGAUGAGAACUUCACCAUCCCAUACUGGGACUGGAGAGAUGCUGAAAACUGCGACAUCUGCACAGAUGACUACAUGGGCGGGCACAACCCAGCAAACCCUAACCUUCUCAGCCCAGCGUCCUUCUUCUCCUCUUGGCAGAUCAUCUGUAGCAGAUCAGAGGAGUACAACAGCCAUCAGGCUUUAUGCGAUGGGCGUCCUGAGGGACCAUUACUGCGCAACCCUGGAAACCAUGACAAAGCCAGGACCCAGAGGCUCCCCUCCUCAGCUGAUGUGGAAUUUUGCCUAAGUUUGACCCAGUAUGAAUCCGGUACCAUGGAUAAAACUGCCAACUUCAGCUUUAGGAAUACACUGGAAGGAUUUGCUAGCCCACUUACUGGGAUAGCAAAUGCCUCUCAAAGCAGUAUGCACAAUGCCUUGCACAUCUACAUGAAUGGAACGAUGUCUCAGGUGCAGGGAUCUGCCAAUGAUCCCAUUUUCCUUCUUCACCAUGCAUUUGUUGACAGUAUUUUUGAACAGUGGCUCCGAAGGCACCGUCCUCUUCAAGAAGUUUAUCCAGCAGCCAAUGCACCCAUUGGACAUAACCGGGAAUCCUACAUGGUUCCUUUCAUACCUCUCUACAGAAACGGUGAUUUCUUUAUUUCAUCCAGAGACCUGGGCUAUGACUAUAGCUACCUACAAAAUUCAGAUCCAGACUUUUUUCGAGAUUACAUUAAGCCCUAUUUAGAACAAGCAAGUCGGAUCUGGCCGUGGCUCAUUGGGGCAGCUGUAGUGGGGUCUGUUCUCACUGCCGUGCUGGGAGGGCUCACUGGCCUGGUAUGUCGUCGUCGGAAGAGAAAGCAGCUGUCCGAAGAACAGCAGCCACUCCUCAUGGAAAAGGAGGAUUACCACAGCAUGUUGUAUCAGAGUAAUUUAUAAAAGGCUUGGACAAUACAGUAGGGCCAAAAGCCUGACUUCACUCUGACUCAAAUGGCGUUCAAGUCCCCAGGGGAGGUCCCAACAGAAAUCCCUAGUAUUUGUCCGUGAAGACCAUUAUCAGAAUUGUAAUCUAAUACAAAGUGUACCCCUCUUCUAUCUCAGGCAGAACACACCUGUGCUCGCCUUGAUUAUCCCUUUGAUGGUCUUCCUCAAGCUCACAUUUUUAAGGAAAGAAUGCUGUUUGGUAAUUAGUAACUGUUAGUUGUAUCUGGAUAAACUUAUAAAAUAUGGGAAUCAUUUUAAUUAUUUCCUUCUUGUUGUUUAAUAAAGGUUUUUUAAUUGCCUUUCUUUUAUUUUAAUAAAACAAUAACAAAU